ACUUGAUAGGUAUCCUCAGUUGUCCUCACCCCCUCCACCCCCUCCUCCUCCCAAUGGACAAUUUCAAGAUCACUAGUUACGCCAAUGCGCUGGUGGAAAACACUAAGCUUGACUUCCAAAGCUUGUAUCUGCACAGGAUCAGGUCUGGGGAUAAGAAAAACCAGUAUGUGGUGAUAGAUGGAGUUGGUGCUACUGACAUUUGUCUCACAACCAUCAACGACUGGGCAAUAUACGAUGGUGCGGCCGUGGAUGCAAAGCUAGUUGCUCAUGCAAAAGGCAUGCAUAUGAAUGCUGCCGCUGCUGACUGCUGCAAUUUAUUCAUCAUAGUGUUCGAGCUUGACAGCUUCAAAGGAUCCACGCUUGCAGUAAUGGGAGCAACUACAGAGGAACAAGGUGAAUGGGCUAUUGUUGGUGGGACUGGUCAGUUCGCUAUGGCGCGUGGUGUCAUCCAGAGGAAAAUGCAUCAAAAAUUAGCUGAUGGACAAGGAGAUGUGUUAGAGCUUACUAUCGAGGCAUUCUGCCGCAGGAAGGGGCAGCCGGAGCCUCCGGCCACCACUCCGCAGACUCCUACCACCCAGCCGAUUCAGCCUCCUGUUCAGCCGCCUCCUGCCACCACCCAGCCCAUUCAGCCUCCUGUUCAGCCACCUCCUGCCCCCACGAAGCCGAUUCAACCUCCUACCCCCACUCCCAUAAAGAAUGGACCAUGGGGCGGAACAACGAGUGACAAACUUCAUCAUUUCAACCCAAACAUGUCUGUAGGCCUAAAGAGUGUGACAUUCAUCUAUUAUCAUGCUGUUAAUGGACUUCGUUUCAAUUAUACCGGCAAAGAUGGCUAUGAAAACUCCAGCGAACUUUUUGGUAAUAACGGCCAUGGCCCCGACGCUAAAAGGCAAACAGUUCAUCUAGGCCCUAGGGAGUUUGUGACGGAGCUGUCAGGAACACACCAACAUGAAAGAAGAUCAAAUAAUAUUGCUAUAUAUUCCCUUAAGCUGGUCACCAACCUCGGCAAAACUCAUGGACCUUUCGGAAGUGCCAACAUAGGCGCCGCUUUCAGGUUUUCCGUGCCUCCAAACAGCAAAAUUGUGGGCUUCUUUGGCGGAUCUACCGGUUACGCCGUCAAUUCAAUUGGUGCCUACACGCUCGAAAAUUCUGCUUAGCAAAGCAUGAUUUACUUGAUGCAGCUGCAAUUUUCGGUUGUAGCCAUAUCACGGUUAGGGUUUAACCUAAGCCAGCGUUGCUUUAUUUGUUUUAUUUUACACAAAUAAUAAAGAUUGUAAGGAUCUACCUACCCUAUGUAUUCACAAGCAAUUUAUGGUUCUUGUACCUUUUUUUCCGACAAUGAAACGCUGUUCUCCGCCUUCACUUCAAAGC